AUGGCGACCCAAACAACGACCACGAAAUUUAGCGACGAAUACGAUCUCAAAGAAGAACUCGGAAAAGGCGCUUUUAGCAUCGUGAAACGAUGUGUGCGGAAAUCAUCGGGCCAGGAAUUUGCUGCCAAAAUUAUCAAUACAAAGAAGUUAUCGGCUAGAGAUUUUCAGAAGCUAGAACGAGAAGCCCGAAUAUGCCGGUUACUGAAGCACCCCAAUAUAGUUCGACUACAUGAUAGUAUUGCUGAGGAAGGAUUCCACUACUUAGUCUUUGAUCUGGUAACCGGAGGUGAGCUAUUUGAAGACAUAGUAGCCAGGGAGUACUAUAGUGAAGCAGACGCUAGUCACUGUAUUCAGCAGAUCCUUGAAUCCGUGGACCAUUGCCAUAAAAACGGGGUUGUUCAUCGUGAUUUAAAGCCUGAAAACCUUCUGCUCGCGAGUAAAGCCAAGGGUGCGGCCGUAAAACUUGCCGAUUUUGGACUUGCUAUAGAAGUCCAAGGAGAACAGCAAGCCUGGUUUGGUUUUGCUGGAACUCCUGGAUAUUUGUCACCAGAAGUUUUGAGAAAAGAUCCUUAUGGUAAACCAGUUGACAUAUGGGCAUGUGGUGUUAUUCUCUAUAUCCUGCUGGUGGGAUAUCCACCAUUCUGGGAUGAAGACCAACAUAGACUAUAUGCACAGAUAAAGGCAGGAGCUUAUGAUUAUCCAUCCCCUGAGUGGGAUACAGUGACACCGGAAGCCAAAAAUCUUAUCAACAGUAUGCUACAAGUAACACCUAGCAAAAGAAUAACUGCAUGUGAAGCACUCAAACACCCAUGGAUCUGCAAUCGUGAGCGUGUGGCCUCUAAUUUACACCGCCAGGAGACUGUCGACUGCUUAAAGAAAUUUAAUGCACGUCGAAAGCUAAAAGGGGCUAUUCUUACCACCAUGCUAGCAACACGGAAUUUUUCAACUGGGCGGACAUUGAUGAAUAAGAAAUCAAACGGAGUUAAGGAGUCCUUAGAUAGUAAUACAAUUGAAGAUGAAGAUGUUAGAGCUCGCAAACAAGAAAUUAUCAAGAUAACGGAAUCUCUGCUUGAUGCAAUUACUAAUGGUGAUUAUGAAGCUUACACUAAGAUUUGUGAUCCCCAUAUGACCUGCUUUGAACCUGAAGCAAUGGGUAACCUUGUAGAAGGCAUGGAAUUCCAUAGGUUUUAUUUUGAGAAUGUUCUGUCAAAGAACAGUCGAGCCAGAAACACAACGAUUCUCAAUCCUCAUGUACACCUAUUAGGAGAAGAUGCAGCCAGUAUUGCGUACAUCAGGCUUACUCAGUUCAUUGAUAGGACUGGUUGUCCAGUGACUACACAGUCAGAAGAGACCAGGGUAUGGCUGAAGAAGGACAGUAAAUGGCAGAAUGUACAUUUUCAUCGCUCAGGAGCUCCCAGUGCACCAUCAAAAUAAUACUUCUUUAAUUUAUUGUAAUUAGCAUUAUAAAGAAUAUGACAAUGGGUUUCAGAAUUGUCCAAUGAGUGAGUGAAAAAAAAGAGAGAGAGAG